AUGGUACAAAAGAAGAGAAUCUGCAUUAUUGGCGCUGGCAUAAGCGGCUUGGCAACAUGCAAACAUUUGGUGGAGAAAGGAUUCCGACCGGUGGUCUUCGAAGCUGAUCAAACUAUCGGUGGUGUAUGGAAAAGCACACUGGCGUCGACACGCCUACAAACAUCAAAAUGGGAUUAUCAAUUCUCUGACUUCCCGUGGCCGGAGAAGGUAGUGGAGAUAUGUCCUGAUAAUAUCCAGGUCAUGGCAUAUUUAGAAUCUUAUGCUCAACAAUUCAAGCUUAUAAAACAUGUGAGGUUUGGAGAAAAGGUGAUGGGGAUAGAGUAUGUUGGUGUGGGAGAGGAGGAUAUUGAGGCAUGGGAUUUGUGGGGCGGUUCCGGCGAGGCAUUUGGUGGUAGUCAGCGAGGGGUGUGGCAUAUCAAGGUGGAGAGUGUGAAAGAUGGAACUAUAGAGAUUCAUGUCAUGGAUUUUGUUAUCCUUUGUAUUGGAAGAUUUAGCGGACUUCCAAAUAUCCCAACAUUUUCCGAAGAGAAAGGUCCUGAGGUCUUUGAUGGCAAAGUGAUUCAUUCAAUGGAUUAUAGUAAUAUGGAUAGCUCAACGGCUGCUCAAUUGAUCAAAGGGAAACGAGUCACCGUUGUUGGAUUUCUUAAAUCAGCAUUAGAUUUCGCUGUAGAAUGUUCUAAUGUUAAUGGAUCAAAGUAUCCAUGUACGAUGAUAAUUCGAACAAAGCGAUGGAACAUACCAAGCUUUGAGGUUUGGGGUUUUCCUCUCAAGUACUUAUUCUUCAAUCGUUUUGCUGAGCUGCUCUUUCACAAGCCUGGGGAAGGACUCAUCCUCAGUCUGCUAGCCUUCUUGCUUUCACCUUUGGUGUGGACUUUCUCGAAAAUUGCUGAGAGUUAUUUUUUGAAAAUAAUUCCAAUGAAAAAGCAUGGAAUGGUGCCUGAGCACAGUUUCUUUCAGGCAAUUUCCUCUUGUCUUUUAUGCGUAUUACCUGAUAAUUUCUACAAUAAAGUGGAAGAAGGAAGCAUUGUGCUUAAGCCUUCUAAGACAUUCAGCUUUUGCAAACAUGGCGUCGAAGUUGAAGGGGAAAGACAAUCAAUUGAUUCAGACUUGGUGAUCUUUGCUACUGGAUUCAAAGGUGAUCAGAAGCUUAGAAACAUAUUUGUGUCUUCAAAGUUUCAAGAGAUUGUCGCAGGAAGAAAAGAUAAUGUAGUUCCUCUCUAUAGGGAAUGUAUACAUCCACAGAUACCACAAAUGGCAAUCAUUGGCUUUGCUGAGAGUAUUUCAAACCUGUAUACAUCAGAGAUAAGAGCGAGGUGGCUAUCACACUUCCUCCAUGGAAAGUUCAAGCUGCCAAGCAAAAGAUCCAUGGAGAAGAAUGUGAUGGAGUGGGAGAAGCAUGUGAAGAAAUAUUCAGGAAGCAGAUAUAGAGGAUCUUGUAUCUCUACUCUUCAUAUUUGGAAUAAUGAUCAGUUGUGUAAAGAUAUGGGCUGCAAUCCAAGGAGGAAGAAAGGCUUUCUUAAAGACUGGUUUUUACCUUACUCUCCUGCAGAUUAUGCUGAGCUUGAUUGA